CACACUGUCACACACUACACACAUUAAAUGACACAGCUGAGAGCCAGAUAAUGGCAGCCAGCGUUUGGACCAGCAUUGUACUGUGGGCUCUUCUCAGAAUGUAUAGAGGAUAUGCCUGGGAAACCACCGUGUUCUCCAGCGAGGGACAGAAGGUCACUCUGCCAUGUCACAGGACGUCCACUAACUGCUCCUCCACCACCUGGAACCACAACAGGGAUCGAACCAUUCAAAUAGUUGGAUAUGGGAUGGUCAGAGAAAACCUGUCUGGCAACAUAACCAAACGCCUGACAGUGGAGCCAAAUUGCUCUCUAACGAUUCUUAAUGUAACACCUGCAGACGCUGGGCGAUAUAACUGCCGUGUGUAUAACGAUCUAAAAAACCACGACGACUCGUUAAUUCAUCUCACUGUUCUGAGCAUCACUUCCUCACAGCUAAAACCCGAGACACUGAACUGCUCCCUGCACACAUAUGAGAUCUGUACUAAACAUAUACAAAACGACAUGAAUCUGAUUUGGCUGAAGGGUGAUGGCAGUGACCUAAAGCAAGAUACCAGGUACAACAUCACACAGAGCAGAUGUCAUUCAACUCUGACUGGGACUCUGGAUCAGUCAGACCACAACGGGAAGUGGACGUGUCAGCUGACCGUGGAUGGGAAACUGGAGAGCUCAGCCAGCUACAUAACCUCUCUCUCUGAAAGCGGCACAGCCAUAGGGCUGCCAAUCCGACUGGCUGUUUUUUUCUUUAUUCUGGCUCUGCCUCUGAUCAUUGGAGCUGUAAUUUACACCAGGAAGAGGACCCAACCAAUCAGAGACCAAGUGUCCUCAGGGACGGAACUUCACGAGUAUGUUAAUACAAAUAACAAGCCCUGAUUGAUCAACACUCCAUCAGUGUUAGACCAUCGAGCACCUGCCGAGCGAAGCUUGAGACUGGUGGACAUGGAGAUGGUGGACAGCCUUCCACAGCCUCACCUCAUCAGGUCCAUCAUUCACAACUGCUGCUUGAAACCCAAUAAUAUGGCUUUUUUACUACCUAUUAAAAACUUAGCAAUUGUGUA